AUGACCCACGAAUUCGAAUGUCCAUAUGCUGUUGGUAAUGUGAUCAAGAUUCACUUGGAGACACCAGAUGGAUUGGAGGCAACAGCAGAUGCCAAUAUCAUUAAAGUCUUCAAGCCGUUCACUCUUUCCUCUGUGAUGCUUAUUCGGAUGGCCUGCUCAUCUUUAAGAUUGGAAGGCGAUAUGAUUUUGAAGCUCUUUGAUCGGCGAUUUGCAACGCAGCUUCGGGAAGACGAAAAGAUUCGGCCCUGGAACCCAGAUACAGAGACUGAGUACCGUCAAUUUAUCCUUGAUGGCGGUGCAUCAGAGUUUGUUACUCAGCUCAACGACGGUGAAACACCUGAAGGCAGUACAUGGAGUGCGGCUAUGGACGAAACUUAUCUUCAUGAUCACAUGUUGGAUCUGUACAAGACAUAG